GCGAAAGAUGGGGCAUCAUUCUUUAAAGACAUAUUCUCAGCUUGCAGUGUGCAGUUUGGCGAAAAAUAACAUUGCAAACUAGCUUUGUCUCAGGCCUACAUCUCCCACGGACAUAUGUCGACAUGUAUAUUCUAAAUUUACAGGUGUUAACGUUAGGAAGCUCUAAAAACCCAUGGACGAAUAUAAAUCAAUGGUCAGCUAACAAGUCUAGCUAAUUUAUUAGCAUCAACUACAUUCCUAACUAGAGGUGAAAGCGCCAUUUUUGGACUUUCUUCGGGAUUUUAGACUCCUAGGAUAAACUCCUGCUUAUAAUUAGCGGCAUAAUGCCUUUAUCUCCGUUUACUACAGUUGUUACUGUGGUUUCUUACGUUUUUGCCACUUGGAAAGACAAAAGUUGAACCUUAACCCUACCUCGACUUUCUCAGAGAGGACAACACAGUCUGUCCUGCAUGAUGUGGAUGUGUAUUGCUGCUUUCCUGUUGUGGACGAGGUCAGGAGGAUGCACAGAGAAGGCCAACACAUCAGACCUGCUUGAAUACACUGCUGCAGACUUCUAUGAGAAAUUGCAUUCUGGGAAGAUGAUGUUUGUCUAUUUUGAGCAUAAAGUCUCUCCAACCAUCUCUCUCUUCUUGGUGGAGCUGGAGAAGUCUGCUGAAGUUCUGAAGGAUUAUGGAGUACUGGUUGGCAAGGUCAAUUGCAAUAAAGAGCUGGUUCACACAUACUGCACAGACGAAAGGCUAUUGCACACAGCUUUUCUGUUCAGGGGUGGUAAGGAGUUCUUGGGUUUGGAUUUGGACACCGUGUUUGAUGUCAACUCCAUAGUCUCUGAAGUCCUGUUUGCCAUCCUGCGUGAAGAGGUCAAGUACGUCCACACGGAUGCUGACCUCCUGGCCAUGGAGAAGGCAGCCAGGGGGCAAAAGGAUAUUGUGCUGGGUCAUGUCCGCAGUUUGGGAACACAAGAGCACAGAUCGAUGAUGGAGACAGCAUAUGUGUAUGGAUCCAAAUACCAGUUCAUCCUCAUAACAGGAGGACCAGUCCUGAAACAUUUAGGUGUGAAUGAAUCGUCCCACUUGUCGCAAGUGUGGUUCCUCCACUGUACAGUUCACAGUGGGUUCAUGACCCCGAUGACCUCUGAGCGCUGCCCUUUGACCCGCAUGAGGAAACCCCUGUCCAUCCUCAGCCUGCACUCCUUCCUGCAGCUCAUGGAGGCUCCACUGGUGUCUGAAGUAUACGAUGACCCCUCCAUGGUCCCGCCCCCCCAGUUCCCCUACCAGCAGACCCCUCAGGUCUUCCUCUUCUCUCGUCCCGCCACCGAGCACCUGGACCUGGACACAGCCACCACUCUGGCUUGGAGGCUCCGGGGCAUUGCCCUGCUGCUGCUCGUACAGAGGCAGAGUCCUGCAGUGAAAACUCCCGAUGAAUAUAAUGCCGCUUACAGGCUGCCUGAGAAGAGUUUAGAGGUGAAGUAUAUGACCUUACACAACCUUGAUGAGGUGUUGGAGAUCUUUACAAAUCAAGAGAAAGAGGGAGAGGAGGAGGAGGAUGAAGAGGAGGACGAGGACGAGGGGUUGGAGGACGAGGAGGAUUCAGAUUUUGGUAAGCUGGACGACGAGAUUGCAGCGUCUGUCUACGAAAACCGUGGCAACUUGCUGGACAUGGACUCAAUUACCCAACUGACCUCUGACAACUUCCACACUACAGUAGCACAAAGCAGCCUGACAGUGGCACUCUUCUACCUCAGAUGGGAUGCUGUUUCAAUGGCUUUUCUCAGCUCCUUCAUUGAAGUUGCAGAGAGGCUUGCAGACUCUGAGGUCGACGAUGUCCAGAUGAGUGCGAUCGACUGCGGAGAGUGGACCGACCUCUGUGCCGCUCAGCCAGGCAGUUCCCUCCCGGCCCUGUUUCAGCCAAUCACAGCCUUCCCCAGCAUCCUGCUGCUCCGCCCCAAGGUGUCGGCCCAGCACUACAGAGGCAUGCUGGGUAGUGAGGCACUGCAUCGCUUCAUCAUGCUGAGCCGCCCAGCUUCUCCUGCAUGGCUAUCCACCCAGGAUGAAGUGAUAUUGUUUCUACAGGAAGUGCCUCAUCCUGAGCUAGCAGGCUAUAAGCCUGACAGAGUACUGGGACUGUUUAAGACUAAAACACAUGCAGGAGUACCAGUAUUUACAGAAGCAGCAAAGUCAAUGAGGGGAGAGGUGCUAACUGGCUUGUUGACAGACGGGCUGGCAGACAAAUGGGCCACAGACCACACUGUGGACUUUCCCACAGUGUUGGUGUUUCCAUCUUGGGGGUCACACACCCAUCCCUCUGCGGUGCCUGUGUCCUCCUCUGCUGAAGAGCUUCUCGCACACGUCAACACUGCACUGCUCCAUCCAAUGCCUGAGCUGACGGUGGAAAACCUGCCAUCCUUCCUCUCUCUGAGUAAAGCCCUCCUACUCCUCUUUGUGGGAGAGGAGGAGGAUGAGAUUGGACGGAGGCAGAACCAGGCGCUGGUGGAGGAGAUGAGACGAGUGGUAGAGUUGGGAGAAGGGAAGAUGGAGAGAUAUCUAGCCUGCUGGAUCCACCUGGGCCGUACUCCAGCUGGUAUGUCUGUCCUGGGGUCAUACCUGGGCUCUAUGCCCCCCCUCCCUGCACUAGUCCUCACCCAUUUGCCCUCUGGAGGUGAAAUCUAUCAGUACCCCCCCAACACCCCCAUAGUGGCCUCCUCUGUCCUGCAAUGGCUGCAGAGGAUUGAGGGUGGAACUGAAUCACCAGCAGGGAUGUUGGCUAAGGAUAGCUGGCCUCCUGCUGUCAAGUUCUAUGACUUUCUGAAAAUCAUGGACACGCAGGAACCCGGCUCCACCAAGCAGCAAACUCCUAAAGAGGAAGAAGAAGAGGAGGGGGACGAGGAAGAGGUGAAUGCGGAAGAGGAUUUAGUGGUAGCAGAGGCAACAGAUUCCUCCUCCAGCUCUGCUGCUCCUGAUGCCAACCCUAACACUCACUCUGAACUGUAGCAGACCAACAUGGGAGGGAAAUAACACUAAGCCAUUUAUUAAAUUUCUUUUACUGUUGAUAUGGGCUUCAGUUUUUUUUUUCUUUUUAUUAAAUUAGGAUUUUAUUUUAUAUUUUUAUUAUGCUGUUUUUAUCAUUAGAUUAUUGAAUGCAUAACUCUUUCCUGGAAUUUUAUGAUCAUGUUGGUAAAGUUUUGGCCAAAAACACAUAAUGUAGCAUAUUAAGGCAUAGUUUUAGGUGAGAGUGACUACAGGAACUGUAAAGUUUAGGUUUUUUAAACCACUUUUUAUAUUGUAUGUGUUCUAUUUAAAUUUUUCCAGGUUUUAAUAUCACUUUACACAUCUUCUGAAGGUGUUUUCUCAUGAGUGUUUACAGAAAUCUUUGGCUUCAUUUCCUGGAGUCCUACUCACUGUCUGCCGGGGUUUUGUGACUUACUCCCUGUAAACGCUGUGGUUUCAGCUGAUUAGCUGACUUUUUUAAGAAACAUUUUUUAAGCUACAACUUGCAGGAAGUGUGUGUCACUCUUGUCGGUCAGCCCUUUCAGUUGCUCCCUACUCACCUUCAGUUCAGCUCAGCUGGUGAAACAAGCCACAGCAAGCUCUGAACCUGAGGGUGGACGGUUAGCACCAAGAUGGUUUCAGUUUGUCAAAACAAUGUGUUUGAAAAAGGUAUACACAUAAAAUCAGGGCUUUUGGGCUUUCUUUGCAUAUUAAUGUUAAGCAAAACUAUGAACUCUAAUUCCAAAUGGUCCUUGAUAAAGCAUUUCCUGAAACUGUGUUGAUACAGAAUUCUUCAGUUUUAGAUGCUCUGCCUGCCAAAUUCAGUUUCAGUUUUGUUUCCGUAAAAUACUGCUUACACGUGCAUCAGUAAAAAUAAUCCAGUAGUGUAAUAUUUAUAACAAUGCAAACUCACAGGGGCCAUUUUCCUGCAUUAUAGCUACUUUUAUUUUUGAUACUUUAAGUAAAUUUUGUUGAUAAUACUCACUUAAAGUAAUAUGUACUUUAUCUCAUGUAAGAUUUUGAAGACAAUAUUUUUACACUGUCGUAUUUCUGCUUUAUUUAAGUAAAGGAUCUGAAUAGUUUCUUCCACCACUCACUCUCUCUUAUUGGCAAAUAAUGGUUGCACGCAUAAUGAUUAAGGGCUGAUUUACAAGAAACAUAAGAGGUGAUCAAAGUAGACCACCUCCACCUCAGCGCUGCCUCCUUUUCCCCUGAAUUUUCAGUGCUCGGUUGUCAUGACCUGUCAGACACCCUUUCAGAAUUAACGACCUGUCUCUAAAAGUACCCGUCAGCAGCAAUAGGGGGAUAUGUGCUGCCUCAUAUAACAGUAAAAUCAUUAUAAAUUGUGUGGAAGAGUGCUUUUAAAUGCUGGACUCUCACUGGGCAGGUUGCUAAUAUUUCUGGAUUUUAAAAUCACUUACUGGCCUCUACUCCCUCCAGUUUUUUCUGCUAAAGAAGGAUUGAUGGCUGAUCUGUAUUGAGCCAACUGUUUGUUUUAUAUUGGGUGAAGUAAAGCUGCGUUAUAUAGAUGGGAUUGUGAAUAUUUGAACCUUUGUUAGAAAUUUUGAUCUUUUUUAUUAUUGUCAAGGGCAUGUUUACUGUGACUGUAAGCCUAGUUAACGUUCUAAUAAGCAAAUUCAUCACAAUGGCUUUGCAGCUUUGCUGCAGAAUUUCACGGAUGAUAGCUCAACCAUCCUAAAAUUUUAACAGUUGCCACAUCUGCCUAUGCUCUAAUAAAAUCACACCAUGUGUGGAAUUUGCAGUGACUUGAGAUGUUUCCAUCAGAUGUCUAUGUCCUGGAAAUGUUUUUGAAAUGAUUCUGACGUUAUUUUUCCCGUUAUUUCACCUCCUGUACCGUAAUCACAUCGACAUCAAGGCAGAGCUGGGUAAUUUUUCCUGGCAGUUGAGAUGCAGAACAAAGGAGGUGGAAUAGGUUUGUUGCAUUUGUUUGUUUUAAAUAGUACGUGGCUUUAAAUUCUGGUUUCUGAGUUGUAUAAUCAAUUAGUGCCUCAGUUAAAGGGGAACAUCCAUCCUAAACAUGUAAUAAAGGGACUAAAGAACACUUGGAGUGUGGUUUAGGGUGGAUUUUCUUUUUGAGCCCUUGCUGUAUGUGAACCCUUAUUUGCUCAAUUACUUGCUUAGUCUUUGUUUUGAUUGAGGACUUGGCUUUUGCUCUGAGGGCUGACA